CAUCAACAUCAACAUCAAUCAAUUUUGAUAUCAACUUCAACUUCUGUCAACCUCUAUCAACCUCCAUCCCACCAACUCUACUCUCAAAUCACUCAAGAGUGUAUCCAGCCAUGAACACAAUGGCCUACUCCGAACCCGACCCCCUCUCGGGCAACUGGUCCUACGACAGUGCCAUCGACCUCUUCGCCCUCAAUCCCGUCUUCCCCGAUCCCUUCCAGAUGGAUCUGGCCGACGAACUGCUGCCCAUGGACCCCAAGGAAUUCUCAGAACGUCCAGUCCAGCAGUCCGUCACCGGGUAUACCAUGUCUCACCAUCCGAACAAUGAGGUUGCCUCUUUACCAUCGGACGUCGAAAGCGACGAUCAGUCCUGGUCCCCCACCCAUCUCUCCUCCCUCGACAACUUCGCCAUGGACAUUGCCGCCAAACGUGCGGCCCACAACAUCAUCGAGAAGCGGUACCGUACCAACAUGAACGCCAAGUUCGUCGCCCUCGAAAAGGCCAUGGCCGGCGCCGUCGGCACGAGUAUGUCUGCCUCGGCGACGGCAGCCUCGCGGUCCACGCGCGGCGGGUCGUCCGCGUCGCUCAAGAAGUCCGAGAUCCUCUCCAAUGCCAUUGCCUACAUGCAGGAGCUGCAAGAGGCGAACCAGGCGAUGCGGAAGGAGAUGACGUUACUCCGGCAAAGUAUGGGCCUGGGGAGGCGCUACUAAACCUACUCUUGGUCCGAUUUUACUCUCGGUCCGAUUGCACUCUUGAGUUCGACUUCUGAAUCGUACCGGGAUUCCUCUUAUCAUUUCAUUACUUAAUGUAUAUUAAUCUUUCGUUUAUUUUUUAUUGUUUUAUAUGAUCAUCAUGGGAUACCCGGAAAAACCAAUCCAACUCCACUUCACCA